AAUUUUUUAGGGUUUGCUCCGGUAUAACCAAAUUGAUGGAGACAACAGAACCCAUGGAAGAAUCUUCACGGCCUGUUGCUUCUGCUUCAGUGACAAAACGUAAGGCCGAGUCCGACACAGAUAUAGAAGAUAGCGACGAUGAGAAUAAAGAGUGCGACGAUGAGGUUGAAGAGAGCGGCGAUGAGGAAUACGUGGACUCAGACGAUGAGCUCAUGAAGCCGACGUGGUGGACCGUCCCUGAAUGGGAUGUGGACAGCUUUGAGGGUCUCGAGUAUCAUUCCUCUCAAGAGGAAAACGAAUUGUCUGAUCAAGAGGCUGAAGGAAAGUGGCGUCGCUAUAAACGCCUUGUCGUCGAGAGCAAGGGGUUUUACGUGGAGCCAGGGCUUAGGCCAAGGUACUGCUUCUCAGGUAUUAAACCAGUGAGUAAUUUGGAAUUUUCUGCGGGUUUCGGCCAAACCUACCGUGAGUACUUUGCAGAGAUGGCUUGUCUCUGUCUCCAAAAAUACAACCAAGAGAAGAGUGAAAUAAAUGGCUUCAAUGUGGAGUUUGUGGAAGUGGUGAGAGGUAAUUAUACAACCGGAUCUAGAUCCAAGUCCUACAUUACAUUUAUGGCUAGAGAGAAACCUGAUGGACCACUUGUCGAGUAUCAAGCUAAGGUAUGGUGUACCUUUGUUCAACACGAGAACUAUCCUAUCCUCUGUAGACCAGCUCCUACGCAAAGCCUUGGAACCAAAUUUACUUAAGGAAAUUAGACUGGCUGAUGGAGAAGAUGGAAUCUUAAAAAAAGAAGAAAGAAGAUGGAAUCUUUGGCUGAUGCAGACAGCAGAGGUUGGAGUUCGCACCAGAUCAUUUAGUAUGAAGUCGUAUGUGUAAUGUGUUAAACAAUUCAACUUAGUAAUAAAGCACUUUUAUUGUGUACCAAUAUCUAAGAUUUAGGUGCUUAUCUCUAUAUUAGUUUAAUAACUUGUCACUUGUCAGUGUUUGUACUUUGUGUCAUAAAUCUUAAGAGACUAAUUAAGCGUUUGUGUUUAUUAA